AGGUGUUGAGUAGGAGUGUGUGACGUAGCGUUUAAAGCGCUGUACGACGAGUUGUGUCGGCCGCCGCCAUGCCAUGCCGUUACUGUGGAACUCAAGUGAAUUUUCUACGUGAAAAUCUUAUCAAGUGUUAAGAAAAUAAUAUUAUCAUAAUGUAUAGUGAGUGAAAUAGUAACGACAAGUUAUCGUAAUCGAUAAAAUGUGUUCGUCGUGAAAGGACAAGUGAGGUGUUAUUGUGAAAUAGAAUACAGAAACCCGCUACCUGUCGGUUGGAGGUUGGCUAACGGCGGUAGAGAUUUGAAUGCUAUCGUUUGAUAAAACGAGGAAAUAACAAAAAGGAACCAACUUCAGAUAAAAUAAAGACAAUUGGAUAUAAGAAUAAUGAUGAUUCGACGAGACGAAAAGGAUGAGAUAAGAUCAGUGAUGAUCCAUGGCGGAAAUUCUAAACACGACGACGAUUCAUCGAUUUCCGUUUCAUUUGAAAGUCUAUCAACGAAAGAUUGCAUUUAUCGUGCUGAAGGAAAUGCUAAUAUCGUUGUCUCUCUUCCACUUGAGCAUGAGGUAAUACGAUUCCGGAAAUCAUCGUUACCAGGGGAAACUUUGCUGGACAACAACGACGACGACGACGACGACGACAAGAAGGAAGAGAAAAUACGAGUAAAACGAGAAGUAGAAUUUGUGGAGCAUGUUGUUUCCGGUUAUUUGGGUUCUUACAUCCAUAUACCAAAAAUCAUACGUUACGAUGGCAAAGACGUGAACAAACUUCUUCAAAUUAUUCACCCAUUUCGUCCAGAUAAAAGAAGAUAUAAGAAAAAAGUAAAAAAAUAUGCAAUGAAAAUGCCAGAUUAUGCUUUGCUACCAUUGAAAUUUGCUAAACUCGAUCCUGAUAUAUUUAGAAGUAAAUCGAUAUUUGCAGUAGAGAUAAAACCGAAACAAGGAUAUCAACGUAAAGAGGAACAAUUAUUACAAAUGUGUCCGUAUUGCCUUACACAGUAUUAUAAGUUAAAAAUGAAAAUGAUUGAUCAUCGAAGUAGCUAUUGUCCAUUUGAUCUUUUCUCUGGUGAUGAAGAACGUAUGAAAGAAGCGAUCAAAGGGUUGUUAAGAUCACCACAAAACAAUUUAAAAAUCUUCAAGGAUGGAACGAUCAUCUACGAUGAAGAAUUUUCAAUGAAUGAUCUUGAAACAGUAUUAAAUGAUUGUUAUCAAUGCGUCGAUGAUGUUUGUACCAAAGAGAACACUAUCAACUUGUUUUGCAAUUUGACCUGUGCUGCACUUUUGCAUUCUUUUCCUCAAAGCGAAUACUCUAAAAAAAUAAUGCAAUCAACGCUUGAACGUAAUCGUUUUUAUCAUAUUUCUGAACGUGACUCUAAAGUUAAUCAUGAUACCAACAAAGAAUUCAUUACAAAAACAAGAGAACUGUUUUAUCUUAUACAGGAAAAAUGUAAUCGUGAAACUAAUGAUUUACCUAAGUAUUGUGUAUUAGAAAGAAUACUUUCCAUGCAGAGAUUACCAUAUGUCGGUACAGAAUACAUCUAUGAUAUCUAUGAUAAAUAUUCUACAGUGAUAAAUGAUGAUAUCAUAUACUCUCAUUUAAUAAAUUCUUCUUGGAAAUAUAUCAAAGAAAAACAUGAAGUUUCCAAUGGAAAUCAUAGCAAUAAUUGGUCGUCAACUUCUAAAAAUGGAGAGAACAUUGAGUUAAUUGAAACUAAAAAUCAAUGGAAAAACAAUUUGUCUUGCAACAAUGAAAAGCUUAUGGAUAGAAGUAAUAAUGAAAAAAAAGAUAUUGAACAUAGUAGAGAUAGGAUAUUUAAUAACAUAAAUGAGAAAGAUUUAAUAGCAUUAGAAAAUUAUCUUUUGUUUUCAACUGCAAGAGAUUGUUCAAUACUAAUAACUUUUCAACAAUUAAAACCGGAAGCAUUGUCAUCUGUACCAAAAGAAUAUGUCAUCAAAAUAUCUGAAGAUCUUUGUUUCCUUACCAAUGUAAAAGUUUCUGAUGUAGAUCCAAAAAGUGUGAGCAGUAUUCCAAAACAUCGUCAAAGAGAUGUAAAUAUUCUUAAUGCGGUGAUAUCUGCAUUAAAAGAAAAAUGAUCAUUAAAUGAUCAUU